CACGGCACAUCCACUGCCUCUUAAAAGUGAGCUCAUCUGGCACUGGGUUGCAUUGAAGUCCUCCACCGUGCCUGAAGGAAGAAUGCUUUUGGGCGGUGGGAACAUGGAGAAGAUGUGGUCUGUCCAGCUGUCCCUUGGAGUGCUAACCAUCUUGACCAUGACUGUGUGUGUCCCAUCUACACACGGAGAGCCUUUUUUACUACAAGAGAACCGAGUGCUUCCGGAGAGAGAAGACACAAAUCACGAGGACACAUUGCUGACUCUGCUUCUUAAUAAGAAACUCGCAUGGCGGAGACCAGAAAAUAUCGACUGGGAGCUGGCAAAGAAGUUUGAAGAGCUUGAACAGCUGGAGAAGUUGAAGGAUCAGCUCUCAGCUGAGGAAGGGUCAGAGGUGGCCUAUGCUUUGGAAAGUCUCUCAGCACCCCAGCCCAAAAAACGCGCCUGCUUUUGGAAAUACUGCAUCUGAAGACUUGCCAGGAGUGAAAGACGAAGAUGGGCCUUUCCCCAAACUGCCUCGCUGGGUAUUAAUGUGUUAAGAGUUUGUUCUGUUCUCACACUGUGCUGCUAAUUUGGAUGCCAUCCUCCGUGACUGCACCACAGCCAAGUCUAACAGGCACCGUGACAGGAGCCCGAGUGGCUAUGCACAGCCGCUCCCCGCUCCUCCCUCAUUCAGGCUUCACCUUCCACCGUCUUCUGCUUGGAAGAUGUUCCCCAACUUUUCUUGCUGUCCUGUGUGUGCCAUUCAGUCUGUUGCCACCACAUCCUCUUCCCCUUCUCACCAGCUCCCCCGAGGCACCAAACACCAACUCAGUCUCCCUGAGCUUGGGCCUCUGCCCACAUUUGGAGGUGUUGCUCAUGGUGGUGCCUGGGCUUCCCAUUGCCUCCCACCAGCAGGUCAGUGAUGACCCAGCACCCUCCGUUACAAAACAAAGGCAGGCUGGGUGCAAGGUUCAGGGCUGCCUGCCUUAGUUUGCUGAGCCAGAGCUGUUCCUUGUCGUGUCCUGCCAGCGAGCACAGUAGGUUUGGGGGAGGACAAGCACAGAAGUCUGGACCCUUUGGAUAUCACUCCAAUAAAGAUUUUCUGUUGCACAGAA